AUGGCUAAGCCUGUAACGCGCGAUGAGGUCAGAUCGGCGUUCAUCAAGUUCUUCGCAGAUCGUGAACAUACUUAUGUUCAUUCUUCAUCGGUAAUUCCAUUCGAAGAUCCAACUCUUCUAUUUGCAAAUGCUGGCAUGAACCAGUUCAAGCCAAUAUUUCUCGGUAGCGUUGAUCCAGCAAGUGAAAUGGCUCGUCUUCGUCGUGCGGUAAAUACACAGAAGUGUAUUCGAGCAGGUGGUAAGCAUAACGAUUUGGACGAUGUCGGUAAAGAUGUUUAUCAUCAUACGUUCUUUGAAAUGCUCGGGAAUUGGUCUUUCGGCGACUACUUUAAGAAGGAAAUUUGUAAUUGGGCAUGGGAAUUGUUGACGAAAAAAUUUUGUAUACCAGGAAAUCAAUUGUAUGUGACUUAUUUUGGUGGUGAUGAAAGUGCUGGUUUAGGUGCAGACGAAGAAUGUCGACAAAUUUGGCUUGAUAUUGGGGUACCCGAGGAACAUGUGCUUCCGUUCGGUAUGAAGGAUAAUUUCUGGGAAAUGGGAGAUGUGGGACCUUGCGGACCUUGCUCAGAAAUUCAUUUCGAUCGCAUUGGUAACAGAGAUGCAUCUCAUUUUGUGAAUGCCGAUGAUCCUAUGGUCGUCGAAAUUUGGAAUCUGGUCUUUAUGCAGUUUAAUCGUGAAGAGAAUGGUGCUCUACGUGAAUUACCAAUGCGACACAUUGACUGUGGUCUUGGUUUCGAGCGCUUGGUAGCAGUUAUGCAAAAUAAAACAUCUAAUUACGAUACAGAUGUAUUCAUACCUAUUUUUGAUGCCAUACAAGCGGGAGCUGGUGUGCGUCCAUACAGCGGUAAAGUAGGAGCCGAAGAUACGGAUGGUAUAGAUAUGGCGUAUCGUGUAGUGGCUGACCAUAUUCGUACCCUUUGUGUGGCACUUUCGGAUGGAGGGCGACCUGAUAGCACUGGGAGAGGCUACGUUCUGCGUCGUAUUUUGCGUCGUGCUGUAAGAUACUCGAAUGAAAAACUUGGUGCAGCUCCAGGAUUUUUUGCAUCAUUAGUACCAGUAGUUGUCAACCUAUUGGGUGAAACAUUCCCAGAGCUGAAGAAAGACCCAGAGACUGUAAUGGAUAUCAUCAACGAUGAGGAAACACAGUUUCUGAAGACGUUGAACAGAGGUCGUGCACUUUUCCUUAAAGCGAUUGCUGCAUUAGAUUCGGACGUUAAAGUGUUCCCAGGUGAUGUUGCUUGGCGUCUUUACGAUACGUAUGGUUUUCCUGUCGAUUUGACGCAGUUAAUGGCUGAAGAGAAGGGAUUAACACUUGAGAUGGAUGCAUUUGAACGUUGCAAGCAAAAAGCCAUUGAAAUGUCGAGCGCGAACUCGAACAAAUUACGAAAUGCGGUCGAUUUGGAUGUGCAUGCAAUUGCAGAUCUUAACAAGAGAGGCAUACCAAUUACCGAUGACUCUCCGAAAUACAAUUAUUCGGCAACCGGUCCAAACGAUGUCACCGCAAAAUACAGCUUUGCAAAAUGUGAGGGUAAAGUGUUGGCAUUAUUGAAAGAAGGCAGCUUUGUUGAUUCGUUACGGUCUGGAGAAACUGGUGCUAUCAUUUUGGACAAAACGAAUUUCUACGCUGAACAAGGAGGACAAAUCUAUGACACUGGUAGUAAUACCGAUUUCGAAGUAUCCGAUGUGCAGUUGCGUGCUGGAUAUGUAGUGUUGAUUGGUGUGACUGAAGGUGAAAUAGAUGUUGGUGAUUCGUUGAUAGAAUGCAUUGAUGAAGAACGUCGAAGCCUAAUAAUGAAGAAUCAUACCGGUACUCAUGUGUUGAAUUAUGCGUUGAGAAAAGUGUUGGGAGAUGUGGAACAAAAAGGGUCUCUGGUAGCACCAGAUAGGAUGCGAUUCGAUUUCUCGGCUAAACAAGCUCUAACUGUCACACAGGUUCGGGAAGCAGAGCAGUUAGCCCAACAAAUGGUUGAAACGCAAGCAAAUGUGUUCGCAAAAGAAGCACCGUUGGCCGAGGCUCGCGAAGUGAACGGUUUACGUGCUGUCUUCGAUGAGGCAUAUCCAGAUCCGGUUCGUGUGGUCAGUGUUGGCGUUCGUGUUGAGGAUCUACUGGCAAAUCCGAGCAGUGAUCUUGCAGUAAAUACGGCUGUUGAAUUCUGCGGUGGAACACAUUUGCAUAACGUCGGUCAUAUCGGACAGUUAGUGAUUACCACAGAAGAAGCGAUAGCCAAGGGUGUGCGUCGAAUGGUAGCGGUGACUGGACCUGAGGCAAUACGUGCCGUUCAACGCGCAGAUCGUUUCGAAGCUCGUGUGCAAAAGCUACAUGACCAGGUCACUGCUGACCGUUCGAUCGUGAAUGACCGUCAACAAUUUAAAAAUGCCACAAAAUUGGUCAAUGAACUAGUUGAGGAAAUUAACCAAGCACAGUUGCCGUAUUGGAGAAAGGAUGCAAUCCGUGAUAAGGCGAAAGGUAUACAAAGAUUGCUCGAUAAAUUGGAUCGUGAAGCUAAGGCUGCAAUAGCUGAGAAGGUACUUGAAGAGGCGAAGCAACUUGAGAGCACACUCAACAAUAAUGAAAAAAUUUUAGUGCAUGUUUUCGCUAAAGGAGCCAGUGGUAAGGCAUUAGAUGCUGCGUUGAAAUCUUUCAAAAAGGCUCAAGCAGUGAUGGGUUUUUCGGUGAAUGAAGAGACCGGGAAAGUGACAGUAGUUGCAAAAGUUGACAAGGAGUUAGUAGCAGUUGGUUUGAAAGCACCAGAAUGGAUUAGUAAGGUGUGUGAAGUGAUCGGUGGACGUGGUGGUGGUAAAGAUAUGCAAGCACAAGCAAUUGGUAAUCAUGCGGAGAAGAUAGAGGAGGCUGUUCAGUUAGCGAAUCAGUUUGCAAAGAUGUCACUGAAAUGA